AUGAGUACUCAGGCGCUUCAAUCAUGGGAAGCCGAGAACCUCGUCAAGCUCGUCGACCCUCAACGCGAUGCUCUCUAUAACUACGAUCAAGCAGCCGUCAAUGCCUUGGAGGCCGCUAAACCAUGGGCUCAAGACCCCCACUACUUCAAGUCGAUCCGCAUAUCUGCCACCGCGUUACUGAAAAUGGUCAUGCAUGCUCGAUCGGGAGGCAACUUGGAGGUAAUGGGUCUCAUGCAAGGGUAUGUGGCAGCAAACACGUUCGUGGUCACCGAUGCGUUCCGAUUGCCUGUUGAGGGAACGGAGACUAGAGUCAAUGCACAAGACGAAGCGAACGAGUACAUGGUUUCCUACUUACAAUCUUGCCGUCAAUCCGGGAGGAUGGAAAAUGCAGUUGGCUGGUAUCACAGUCACCCUGGGUAUGGAUGUUGGCUAUCUGGAAUUGAUGUCUCGACACAAGAUACACAGCAGUCCUUCUCAGAUCCCUUCGUCGCCGUCGUGAUCGACCCCGAUAGGACCAUUUCGGCGGGCAAAGUUGAAAUUGGCGCAUUCAGAACUUUCCCCAAGGGCUAUUCGCCAUCCGGUGGUGGACAGGACGAGGAUGAUGAAUACCAGAGCAUCCCACUGAACAAGGUCGAGGAUUUCGGUGCACACGCAUCACAAUACUAUUCCCUUGAGGUGUCAAAUUUCAAGAGCACACUAGAUACGAAGAUUCUAUCUUUACUUUGGAAUAAAUACUGGGUUGCAACCAUCAGCCAGAGCCCGCUGUUUACCAACAGUGACUACGGAAGUAAACAGAUGAACGACCUCAGCCAGAAGAUUAAGAGAGCGACAAGAGCUUUGGAAAGCGGCGGGGGUGCCGGAGCGAGAGGCUCUGCAAUGACCGACCCUGGUCCUGACGGGAAAGACCCUGCAACGAAGGAUCAGCAGUUGGUAAAGGUCGUCAAGGAUGGAGAUCGGAUUGUAGGAGAGGAAUUGACUGGGCUCAUGGCCGCAGAGAUCAAAGAGGCCCUUUUCAAAGGCGUUGGACAGGCGACACCCUCUCAAGCAUCAACCUAA